AUGUUUCACCUUAGACCUGCUAUUGAGAAGGCUGUUCCUCCAGCUCCUUCAGAUUUUAUUAUGGGCUCAGUUAGUCAACUGUAUCUGAUGAAGCAAAUUCUGGAAGGAGGGGUGAUGCAUAUGACUGCAAGAAAGAAAGAUUGCAAGGGCCUGGAGCCCAUGGAUGUGCCCAGGACCCGACUGACUAGAUACAUUGUAUUGCUGUGUUUCACCAAGUUUUUAAAAGCUCUGGGACUUUUUGAAUCCUAUGAUCUCCUGAAAGUGGUGCACCUUGCCCAGUUUAUCUUUAUAGUAGCGCUGGGGUCUGCCUUCUUUAUGGUUUUGUUUCAAAAGCCAUUUUCUUCUGGAAAAACUGUGAUCAAGUGCCAGUGGAUCAAAAUAGUUAAACAUGCUCUUGUUGGCUGUGUUAUUUCACUUUUGUGGUUUUUUUCGUCUCGCUCUUUGCGGACCUCUCAGGACACUGCUGCUUUUUGA